UCUUGUCUGUCAAGGUGGAUGGGUGGAGCUUCCUUGAGGAGGCGGCUGGAGUGUUCGGGCGGAGCCGGCAGCGGAGGUGGCCGAGGGACUCGACAUGGCCGCUAUACGGAAGAAGCUGGUGAUUGUGGGGGAUGGGGCCUGUGGCAAGACCUGCCUUCUUAUAGUCUUCAGCAAGGACCAGUUUCCUGAGGUCUAUGUCCCCACUGUCUUUGAGAACUAUGUGGCUGACAUUGAAGUCGAUGGCAAGCAGGUGGAGCUGGCACUGUGGGACACAGCUGGGCAGGAGGACUACGACCGCCUGAGACCGCUGUCUUACCCAGACACAGAUGUCAUCCUCAUGUGCUUUUCUAUUGACAGCCCUGACAGCCUGGAGAACAUCCCUGAGAAGUGGACCCCUGAGGUAAAGCACUUCUGCCCCAAUGUGCCCAUCAUCCUGGUGGGCAACAAGAAGGACCUGCGCAAUGAUGACCACACACGCCGUGAACUUGCCAAGAUGAAGCAGGAGCCAGUGAAGCCAGAGGAGGGCCGGGACAUGGCAAACCGCAUUGGAGCCUUCGGCUACCUGGAGUGUUCGGCCAAGACCAAGGAUGGUGUGCGGGAGGUCUUCGAGAUGGCCACACGUGCUGCCCUGCAGGCCAAGCGAGGCCGCAAGAAGGCCUCCUGUGGGCUCCUGUAGCCCUGCCCCCAGGCCUCAGUGUGGGCCUGGGCCCUGCUGGCCCUGGCCCUGCCCCCAGCCCUACCUGCUGGGGCUCAGGGCAGGGCAUGGCCCUUCCUCUCUCUUACCAUGGCUCAAGGCCUUUUGGCCCUGUCCCCUUCUCCCCCUAUAAUGCCUCAGAGUGGGGUGUGGCCUUAGCACCACAAACUGUGGCCUAAGGCUGGGUGUGGCAACACCCCUGCUUGCCAUGCCUCAGGCUGGGGGUACACUGGCCCCACCCACCAUGGCUCUGGGCUGAGUAAAGCCCUGCUGGCCCUGUCCCUCUUCCAUUCAUUUUGCCUCAGGGUGGGACCUGGCCUUGGCCCCACCCACCAUGGCUGGGUGCAGGCCCCACCCCUGCUGGCAUCAGGCCUUAACCCCUUUCCCCCCCAUGCCAUGCCCUGCCCCUGCUGUACAGACCCCCCUGCCCCCCUUAUUUAUCUCUUGCCAAGUGGGGGUGGGGGGCUGCCCUGCCCCCACCCAGAGAGCUCUAUAUUUUUAAGCCAGGGCCCCUCCUUUUUUGGCCCUGGGCGGGGGGCACUUGCUGGCCCCUUCUCCCAUGGCAGGGCCAGACCCCCUCUACCCACCCCUUCACAUGUACUUGAACAACACGCGCGUAUGUAAUAAAUUUGUAGCCAUGUUUAGUA